AUGAUUGACCAAGCACCCUUGGAAUUGCAAGGACAAGUUAAGGCUGUUCUUAAAGCUAUGAGGUCUUUUGAUUUUGUGUUAUGUUUGCUUCCAAUGCACAAAGUAAUGAAAAUCAUUGAAGUUCUUUGUCAAACAUUGCAGCGGAAAUCACUUGAUGUUGUACAUGCUAUGAACUUUGUUGCACUUACAAAAUCAAUUCUUCAGGAGAUGAGAGAAAAAGGUUGGGAUGAUUUGGUAAGAGAUGUAGAAUCUUUUUAUGAAAAGCAUGAUAUUGAUAUGCCUGAUAUGAAUACUUGGUAUAAGGAUGGUACAUGUCGUCAUUGCCAACAAAGAGAUUUCAUUACAGUUGAGCAUCAUUACCAUAUGGAUGUAUUCAAUGCUUUAGUUGAUUUUCAGUUGAGUGAGUUGAAUAGAAGAUUCUCAGACCAUGCAUCAGAACUCCUUAUACUUAGUUCAACCUUGGAUCUUCGUGAUAACUUCAAGAAUUUUAAAACUGAAGGUGUUUGCAAUCUUGCAAAGAAGUUUUAUCCUGAAGAUUUUGAUGAUGGUGAAAUGUUUGCUUUAGAAUUAGAGUGUGCAUAUUUAUAA